AUGUGGUCCAAUUUUGGGACAACAAUUCAAAGCAUGGGCGGUGGAUUUCUUGACAACAGUCAAGCAGGAGGACCAAGUGGGAAGACAGGGCCAAAAAGAGAACAAAAAAUUUUUCCUGUAAUGAUAUUUCAUCUUAGUAAUUUAAUAGAUGAUUUGCAAGUCUGGGGUCAUUCUGUUUCUAUAUUUACAUUUAUUGGAAUAGUACGUAAAAUUGAGCGUGUUUCAACGAAGAUAACUUAUCAUAUUGAAGACGAAACAGGUACAAUUAAAAUGCUGGCUCAUUUCUGGUUAGAAGCAGAUGAUGAAAAGACUGUACCAAAAAUUACUGAAAAUAAAUAUACACGUGUCUACGGAGUUCUUCGUAAUCAGGGAGAUCAGCAACACGUUCUGAUUUUACGAAUCUGGUCACUUCAAAGCAUGAAUGAACUCACAAGUCACCUUUUGGAAGUUACAUAUGUUAUGCUAAAGGCUAAGAAAAUUUAUGGAGAAAAGCAAAGCACAAAUCAAAAUGCAUUGGAAACAGAUGCCAAAUAUAUAAGUGGUAUGAUGACACCAGAACAACAAAUUAUUUUUGAAAUUAUUCAUGCUGAAAUUAAUUCUGAAAUUGGUAUUAUGAGAGAAACAAUUAAGCAGAGAGCACCUGUAAAUAUUAAGGCACAAGUUGAUAAUAUUUUUCAAUCCCUUGCCUCUGGAGGUCACAUAUAUACAACUUGUACGGAGCACCAAUUUAAAACAACCUGA